CAUGUAAAGGUGCAAGGAUUGACCCUGUCUGCCGAUUCCGCUUCGGGAUUGAUCAUCCACUGCUCAACCGCGUCAUGUAUAUAGUCAGCAGGUACAAUCCUAGAUGACUAUCUACUUGUAUAUUGUUACUGGUUCCUAUUUCUGCUUGCUCAUGCGAUCUAAUUACCUAUGUACUGUGCCACAGGCUCACAAAGUCAUGUGUUGCGCUUUUUCCUUAGUCUAGUUUUUAAUCCAGACGUCAAGUAGUAAAUCCUAAUCGGGGUGAUUAGUUUACUAGCAGAUUAGUCAUAUAUAGUUUUUGAAUCUAGACGUCAAGUAGUAAAUCCUAAUCGUGGUAAUUAGUUUACUAGUGGAGGAAAGAGUUAGCUAUGACAGAGUUGGUAGUACCAUCAUACCCAAGUGGGACCAGUUGUUCCGUCUUUUCUCGAGGGAUGAGUGAUUGUGAAAAGUCUAGAGGACUAUGCUGCAAAUUUUUCACCUAUUUGUCUCUCCCUCUCUCCACGCUCACCGCCCCGCCACCAUCAGACCAAACAAGUUCCGAAGAGAGAGAGGGAGGGAGAGAGAGAAGCGUCUGUUCUUUCGCAAACUCCAAUCUGAUUUCCUUGUUUCGGUGUUCCUUCGAGAGCGAGAGACAUGAGUUCUGGCGGUGCGGUGAUGAGUACGACGGCGGCCGAUCCUGUCCAGGAAGGAUCCAGCCCCAGCGACCCCGAUAGCCAUCCCCUCGAGAGCCGAAGUGCCAGUUGGGGCGGCCUCUCGUGGGUCACGAUCUUGGGCCUCGUCCUCCUCACAUCCAACGCCGCGGUGUCCAUCUUCCGUUCGCUUGGAGACGUCGGUGCCCUCACCUUCGUUGCUUCCGCCUACCUCAACCUCGUCGCCCUUUUCUUCUGCGUCAGGGCGUUCAAGCAAACCCCGCCCAACUCGAGGAAGAGGAACAUGUUCAAGGGCUCCGUCUGGCUGCUGACCACCUCACUUUUGUUCGAGUUUCUGUACGAGUACCAGGCCUCGGAGAAACUGAAACCGACCCUGGACAUAGGGGUGCUGGUCUUUGCUGUGCCUGCAGGCGUUGGAAUAGCGGUCAUCUUUGUCUUCUUCGAUGGAGAGCCGUUUGGGGAUCAAGAAGCUCCAGGACAUGUGAACUGAGAGUUUAUCCGUUUUGUACGGAUAUAAUCCAAGUAUCAACAACGAGGUGUCCGAUUGAGAAGUUGAAGUGACGACGAUUAUACUAAGAAGCAGUUGAACUGAUGAUGUAAUGCAUUCAGAUCUACUCUAAUCAAACUUGUUGUAGUUUCUUUGUUCGAACGUAAAGCUGGGCAGCUUGCAGGGACUUUUGCCAGAUUUGUAUGGAUAAAAAGAUGCGUUUAAGUUUCAAUGUUUCGUUCAUUCGUUGAUGUAUGCUAAGUAGUCGUAGCCUUCUGUACCGGACGGUAUAAGUUAAUGUGCUUUGAACAAAA